GCAACCGAACGGAUUACAAUUAACAGGAAUUUUCCUCGUUACGUCCACCUGAGCCGUGCUCGUGUUUGUGCCAGGGCGUGCGCGCUCCCGGUGACGUUUCUUUCCAAACAGGUUUGCCCAGCAGACACACCUGAGUCAGGAGCUAAAAGGAAGUAUUGUUGAGCGACUUCUUCAUUCUGUGUGUGACCUCUGCGGAAGACGGACCGAGGGAGAGAGAGAGAGAGAGAGACGCUUUUUAAAAGAAGAAACUUUUUUUGGACGGAAAAUCACAAUGAAAGGUUUUAUCCUUCUAGUCUUGGCUGUUUUUGCAGCUGUGGGAACCGUUGAAUCCUGUUCAUGUAGAACAAUGAAAUGGGCCAUCUGUGACGGUACUCCAUGUACAUGUAAACUCACCCUUGAUGAGUCUGGUUCACCACAACCCAUCGACUGCGAGAAAUUGGUUCCAAAGUGCUUUUUGAUGAAGGCUGAGAUGUACAGAGCCAAGAAUAAACUCUCCGUUCGAGGAGGCAUCGGCGGAAAGCCAGUCGAGACUGCCUUUGUGGACAACGACGGGAUCUACGACCCAGACUGCGAGGCUGAUGGUACAUUCAAGGCCAAGCAGUGCAACCAGACAGAGGAGUGCUGGUGCGUCAACAGCGCCGGUGUUCGCAGAACUGAUAAGGGUGACAAGAACAUCAAGUGUGAAGAGCUGGUGGAGACCUACUGGAUCCGUCUUGAGCUGAAACACACUGCAACUGCAUCCACUGUGGAUGAAACCUCUUUGAAAGAGGGGCUCGGUAAACUCCUCGAAAAGCGUUAUGGUUAUGACAAGACAUUGAUUCAUAAGGUUCAGUAUGACCCUGACGGUCGCUUCAUUGUGGCUGAUUUGAAGAAGGAAAUGGGAAAACCCGGCCCAAACCUUGGCAACAUGGCGUACUACAUGGAGAAAGAUCUGAAGGUCCUUCCUCUGUUCACGAGCCAGGAAAACGUCUCUCUUGAAGCAGGCACCCAGAACCUUAAGAUGGAAAAGAUCCUGGUGUACUAUGUGGACGAGAAGGCUCCAACUUUCACCAUGCAGCACCUGUCUGGUGGAAUUAUUGCUGUCAUUGUGGUUGUGGUGCUGGCUGUGGUCAUAGGCAUUCUGCUCCUGUUCUUUUUUAAUCGGAGACGAAAGCAGCAGCAGCAGUACAGCAAGACUCAGCAAAGGGAGAUGGAUAACAUGUAAAGCAACAAGAAGUCUAUGAUGAGUUGAACUGGACCUGAGGGAGUGUGCCAUUUUUGUUUUUAGACUUGUACUUAAGGAAUGGAGAUCCUCUCCAGAAAACCUUUUUUUUCCUGUGGGUUGCCCAUUUAUUUAAAUCAUGUGGAAACUUUUGGUAUAUGUAUCUAAAAAUGACUUUUAUUCUGAAGCUGGCUCUCAUGUAAUGCAUUUUGUUAGAAUCUGUUCAAUAACUGGAAAUUCUUAUAGAUUGUACAGUUUCUUAUGUUGUGUUUAUUGACUUUUUAAUAAAAAAUACUUUUAAAGUUC